AUGUGGUCUUCCUCCAUCUCCAUUCUGCCAUCCACACCCUUGGUUUCUCCGACAACACUUAUUAAACUCACCGUCCCCACUAAACCGGCUGGUUUCCCCGCCACAGCCUUCGCCGCCCCUCGCCGCCGUUCAUCGUACGCAGUUCCAGCCAAGGCACAAGAAACAGAGGAUACUACUGCAGGGGACGAGAAACAGGGGACACCGAACCAAUUGAGAGGGCUGGAUGUGCUGUUGGCUAUGCAGAAGGUGGCUGCCGUGAAGAGCAAAGUCAAGAAUCGGAAGAGAAGUGGUCAAUUGCGGGAAUCCCCUCCUCCCUCCGGCGACGAAGAGGCGUCGACGGAUUACAGCAAUGUUCGGCCGGUGCGCGUGAAGAAAGAGUGGAGCGCAAAAUUGGAUGAUUUGGAAAAGCGCCUUCGCCGGCUUUCUUCCGAGGAGACCUAA